AUGGUCAAAAGUGUGACAAUGCAUCCCCGGCUCCGGUUCGAAAGUCGAAUAACAAAAGUUGAAAUUCGAGUUGGACCAUAUCAAGUGCCAGGAGUCGCCCAAAACAAGGUGUGCGGUGUGUCCGACAGCACGGUGGACAAAGACAAGAAGCAAGUCGUGUGCAGCCCUGCCCUUAUGGGACGUUAUAUUCAGUUCCGUCGCUUUGACGGCCUCAUGGAUAUCACUGAGCUUGAAUUUGAUCUAGACACGAAAGCUGGUCUACCGGCUGACUGCAACGAGUGUCCAGCACUUCCAAAUGUUCUGGAUAACAAAAUCAGAUGUAAUGACCCACUUUGCUUGGGCAUAAACUAUGAGGACAAAGGAGUGGUUACCUCCAACGAACGAUUCGAGAAAUGUAGCGUUGACAAGCUCUUUGAUGGCAAGAAGACAACUGAUUCACAAGGCUAUGACUAUUACUGCUCAUGGCCAAACAAAGAACCAUGGCUUCAGAUCGACCUGACACAAGAAGCCUCCAUUCGGAGCGUCACAAUUCAUCCCCGGAGGACGUAUGAGGCUCAAAUUAAUGAUGUUCACAUUUACAUUGGAAACAACGCCGUUACAAACUUUGCCAAAAACAAACUCUGUGGAACAACAGAUUCUGUAAUGGACAAGGGUGUUAAGACUGUUACAUGCAAGGAUGGCCCAGUCAAGGGUCGUUAUGUUCAAUUCAAGCGAGAGGGUUACAUGGACAUCACUGAGCUGGAAUUUGAAUUUGGGUGCGAUAAUUGCAAGGUGGACACAAAAGCUGAACUACCCGGCAUUAGUUGUAAUGAUCCAUUGUGUGUCGGUGUUCAAUGUGACAAAAAGGCUGUGGGCAAGUCCAAUAAGAGAUGGCCUGAAUGCGGGGUGGACAAGCUAUUUGACGGCAAGAAGACAGCUGAUUCCCCAGACUACGACUACUACUGCUCAUGGCCAAAUGAAGAGCCAUGGCUUCAGAUUGACCUGACACAAGAAGCCUCCAUCAGGAGUGUCACAAUUCAUCCCCGCAAGAAUUUCGAAACUCGAAUCACUAAUGUUCAAGUUUACAUUGGAAACAAUGCAAUUGCGAAUGUUGCCAAAAACAAGCUUUGUGGAACGACAGACUCUGUCAUGGACAAGGGUGUUAAGACUGUUACAUGCAAGGAUGGCCCAGUCAAGGGUCGCUUUGAUCAAUUCAAGCGAGAGGGUGUCAUGGACAUCACUGAGCUGGAAUUUGACUUUGGAUGCAAUGAUUGCAAGUUACCCACCAAGGAAAUAUUGCCCGCCCUGAGCUGUGAUGAUCCAUUGUGCAGUGGUGCUGGCAUUGAAGAAAAUGCCCUGGGCAGAUCUAAUAAGAGAUGGCCUCGAUGUGGAGUGGACAAGCUGUUUGAUGGCAAGAAGACAGCCGAUUCACCAAGCUAUGAAUACUACUGCUCAUGGCCAAAUGAAGAACCAUGGCUUCAGAUUGACCUGACAAGAGUCACAUCAAUCCGCGGAGUCACUAUUUACCCACGUAAAAACUAUGAAAGCCGAAUUACAAAUGUAGUCAUUCGCAUCGGAGCAUUUGGCUUAGCUGGCAUUGCUAAGAACAAACUCUGUGGCAGCAGUGAUGACGUAUUGGACAAAGGCUUCAAGACUGUCAUUUGCAAUGAUGGUCCGAUUCAGGGUCGCUAUGUUCAUUUUAAACGUGCUGGAAUCAUGGACAUCACUGAGCUGGAAUUCAAUUUUGGUUGCGACGAUUGCACCAAGUCUUCAGUGUCUUCUCCGAGCUGUGGCGGCGUAGAUCGAUGCUCCGGAGUGAACUACAAGAGGAAUGCCUGGGUAACGUCAAACAGAGUUGCAGCGGGCAGCAGCCUUGGUCACCUCUUUGACGGUCGAACCCGUGACAAUUCACCAGCCACGUUCGACUACACCUCUACAAGUCAAAACCAUCCGUGGGUGCAAAUUGACCUCCGUCGUCAGACCACGAUCCGAAGUGUAACUCUGUAUGUCCGAGCCAACUUGGAGGGCAAGAUUAACAACGUGCAGGUCCGAGUAGGGAACAAACCCACCCAUACUCAAGCAGGAGGAGCAUUGCUUUAUGGCAAUGCCUUGUGUGGUACAACCAAUGCAAACACCAUUUAUAGCUCCAAGCAAGUCACUUGUUCCCCUCAUCGUUACGGAAGAUACAUCACCAUCCAACGCAGCACUCAAGGUCUUUUGUCCUUUACCGAAGUCUCCAUUGACCUAGAUGACACUGUUGGCGUUCCUCAAGAAUGCUUUGCUGACAAUUGCGAUAUUUGGGAUUACACCACGUCCGCGGUGGUUACCUCCAACAACUUGAGGCCUGGUUGCACCCGAACCAACCUGUUUGAUGGUCGCACAAGGCAAAACUCUCCAAACUACAAGUUUUUCUGCACCAACAAUUACAACUACCCGUGGGUCCAGAUUGACCUCAAGCAAGGGCGCACCCUUCGUUCCGUCACCAUUCAUCCACGAAAGGAUUUUGAAUUCAGAAUCACUAACCUACAAGUGCGCAUUGGAAACACCCCCGCCUCUGGAACUCCGUUGAAUGCGCUCCUCACGCAUAACGCCUUGUGCGGCACAACCAAACUUGAUACAGUUGCUGAAUCUCAACGACUAACUUGUCCUUCUGGCCAAAAUGGGCGGUAUAUCACGCUACAGCGUCAAUUCCGUGGCAACCUUGAUAUCACUGAGGUUGUUUUGGACUUGGAUUCUGCUGGGCGCCCAGCAUGGUGUCCAUCAAAUUGAGAUUAUGCUGAUGAUUAGAGGAAAAUCUGACUAGAAUGAUAGGAUGCGAAUCUCCCAAUGGUAAAACAAGAUUUUAAAUCUAAUGUUUUGACUGAUUGCCCCAUUGACUGACCUCAACGUAAAACAAUAAAGAUAUAUUCCA